CUUGGUACCCAUAAUAAUAAUUAACCAAUAUGUAUAUGCCCUUGCAGCAAAAGGAGCACAUCGAAAAAAUGCAGCAACAGAUUGAAGAACUGAAGGAAGAAGUUAAAGGGUUGGUAAUGAAAUAUUCUCAGAAAAAACCUUUGCAAAAGUUGGAGUUGAUUGAUGCAAUCCAACGUUUAGGUGUGUCUUACCAUUUUGAGAGGGAGAUUAGUGAAGUAUUAGAAAAGAUCUAUAACUCUUAUGGAUUUCAUGAUGAAGAGGAUGAUGGCCUUUACACUAUUUCACUUUGGUUUAGGCAACAUGGUUAUUAUAUUUCGUGUGAUGUAUUUAACAAGUUCAAGGAUGGAGAUGGCGAGUUUAAGGCAUCCUUAACUGUUGAUAUUCCUUCCAUGCUAAGUUUGUAUGAGGCAGCACACCUUCGCAUGCAUGGGGAAGAAAUUCUUGAUGAAGCCCUACUUUCACCACCACUCAUCUUCAGUCAGAGCUGAGUAAUAUGAACUUCGACCUUGUUAGAAAGGUCAUCUUCGCCUUUAACUAGUCCAUCCGUAAAAACAUACCGAGGUCAGAGACAAGACAUUACAUCUCUUUCUAUCCUAAAGAAAAUUCCCACAGCGAAACUUUGUUGAAGUUGGCACAGUUGGAUUUUAAUGUUUUACAAGCAUUGCUUCAAAAGGAAGUAGCCAACCUUUCAAGGCAUGUCUAAAGCAAAUUGAAAGUAUCUCUAGUAUUUUGUUUAUAAAAUCCUUCAGAUGUGACCAGGACAAUAUUAUAGAGAGAUUGAGUUUUUAAU